GUGGCCUCUUCAGGGGGACUUUAGCAUGUGGCAUUGUUCCAGGAAGCCGGGGCUGGGAGGAGGAGCCUCCCAGCCCCAGCCUCUCGGGACAGUUCCCAAAGUCCAGACACCUCACCUGCUCGGGGCCAGGCGCCCAGGAGCCCUUGCUGCAGGACUGCCAGAGGCAGGGCAAGGGCAGUGACCGUGCUCCACCUCCCCUCCUGCUCAGCCAACCUGCCAGCUAUGCCCAGGCCCUAAGGCCACAGUGGCCCAGGGAAGUGGAGUGAAAAAAGGAAUGUGGCUGCUGAGAGUGGGAUGUUGUUGCUUUUCUACAGAAAGCAAAGAAGUCUUUUUUUUUUCCUUUAGAGAAAUCAGGGCUUGCGAAUCUGUAAGCUAGUGAAGUCUCAAGGUUAAUUCCCAUCCCAGCCCUGGGUCUCUAGAGUGUUGUGCUGCCACCUUUUGAGCUGGGUCGGGCAGGCGGGCUCCAUGGGGGAUGUGUGGGUGGGUGAGGGAGCAGCCAGCCUCUCCUCCAAGUCGGAAAACUGGAUGUUGGCAAAUGAGCUUUGUUUCAGCAGGCUGACUGGAGCUCCCAGGGUUGGUGCUUCUCUACACUGAGAUAACCCAGCUGGAGGGACAGGCUAGUGGGGGUUUAUUCCAGCACAUUUCAGCGCCCUCCCUGUCCUGAUAGGGGAUGGAGCUGUGUCCUGGGCUCUUCAGAGUCCCCUGCUGUGCCUAGCUCUGCACCAAAUAUGUCUCUAUAUACUCAAUAUAUAUUUGAGUGUGCAGAGAAACCUACAUGAGCUGGUAGAAAACCUGUUUGUCUAUUGUAAUUGUCUUGAGGGAGAAAAGAGCUGACCCUAUAGAGAAAGGGAGUCUCUCAUAAGAAGCAAGGACUAAGAAGAGACUCUGAGGCUGUUGCCCUCAGAGACUGUCUUUAGCAAUCCCUCCUGAGAAGCCCUAUGGACAGCUUUACAUUCACAUCCUACCUCCCUUCCUGUUUUCGAUGCUCCAGCUGGCCCAGAGGUGCCACAGGUGCAUCUGCCCCAUUUCAUUGGUGAAGAAGGUGAGUGUGACAACGGGGACAUUAGGGCCAGGCGAGUGGGCGGAGCCACGCCUGCGCAGGGUUGGAGGCUGUCUCUAUUGGAAGUGUUGAUAUUUCUUUCAUCGUGGACUUUUUGGCAUUAAUUUUGAUUUUGAAAAAUAUUGCACUUAAAUAUUAUCUUUGUAUUGGUCAGCUCAGGCUGCCAUAACAAAGUGCCAUAGACUGGGUGGUUUAAACGAUAGGAAUCUCUUUCUCCCAGUUCUGGAGGCUGAGAAGUCCAAGAUCAACGUGCCAACUGAAAAGAAAAAAAAAAAGGUGCCAAGUGAUUUGGUUCCUUGGUGAGGGUGCUCUUCCUGGCUUGCAGAGAGACCCCUUUCCCCUGCAUCCUUACAUGGCAGAAAGAGAGAGAAAGAAAUGCUUGCUCUUCCUCUUCUUAUAAGGCCACUAAUCUCAUCACAAGGGCUCCACCUUCAUGACCUCAGCUAAAUCUAAUUACCUCCCAAAGUCACCAUCACAGUAGGGUAUGAAUUUUUGGGAGGCACAAGCCUUCAGCCCAUAACGAUCCUCAUUACUGAGUCUUUGGUGCCCCUCCCCAUGCUGUGCCUGAGGUAAGUGUCUCACUCACCCCAUCCUAGUCCUGCAUGAUGAGGUUAAACAACUCACCCAAGCGCACGUGGCUAGGGACAGCCACCACUUCCCAGAACUGAGCUUCCAGGUAAGAGGGGAGCAGGAUGACAAGGGGUGAUGACAGGCAGGUGGCGUUGGUGGGUGCCGGCCAGCUGCCUCUCCUGGUGGAGUUCCCCAGACCUCUGGACUUGCAGAUUGCCUCCUUGGAGUCAAAGUCCCAGGAGAUGGCGAAGGAAUGUGAAGUGGAAAAAAUGGACAGUGGAAUCCCCCGCCAACCCAGAAAACCUCUCCACAAAGACAGUUACCAAGAGGGCCCAGGCCACCGGGAGGAACCUGCUCGAUGUCCCCUAUGGAGACGGCGAAGCGGAGAAACUGGACAUCUACUUUCCUGAGGCAGUGUCUGAAGCCUUGCCGUUCCUCGUGUUUUUUCACGGAGGAUACUGGCAGAGCGGAAGUAAAGACUCGUCAGCCUUCAUGGUCAGCCCACUGACAGCACAGGGAGUGGCUGUGGUGAUAGUGGCUUAUGACAUUGCCCCCAAAGGCACCCUGGACCAGAUGGUAGACCAGGUGACCCAGAGCAUCGUGUUUGUCCAGAAACAGUAUCCAGGCAACCAGGGAAUUUACCUGUGCGGACACUCAGCUGGGGCCCACCUCGCCGCCAUGAUGCUCCUGGCCAAUUGGACCGAGCAUGGAGUCACGCCCAACCUCAAAGGCUUCUUCCUGGUGAGUGGGAUCUAUGACCUGGAGCCUGUCAUGCACACCUCUGAGAACGCCCCUCUCCUCACAACCCUGGAGGAUGCUCAAAGGAACAGCCCACAGUGGCGCCUGAAGACAGCCCCGACACAGCCUGUGGAUCCAGCCUGCCGCAUCCUGGUGACCGUGGGCCAGCACGACAGCCCCGAAUUCCACCGACAGUCCAGGGAAUUUUAUCAGACUCUGCGCCGAGGAGGGUGGAAAGCCUCCUUUGAAGAGCUCCAUGAUGUGGAUCACUUUGAAAUCCUUUGGAACCUAACCCAGAAGGACUACGUGCUCACCCAGGUGGGGCGCGUCCCUUCGCCGUGGACAGAACGCGUCCUGCCGUAGCCCCUACACAUUAUUUUGAAAACAGUCUUCCGGGAGUCCUGAUGACACCUGAACCCCCGCCGCCAGCAUGCACCCCGACUUGUGAAACUUCUCCCAAGAGCCCAGCUGCUUCCCAUUCUCGCCGGCCUCAGUUUUCCCUGUGCCCAGCAGCGCCUCCGUUUGUCCACCCACCCCGGCCAGGGUCCAUUCCCCUCACUGCUCUGAACACGCGUGCAACUCUCCAUGGCCUGCCCCUGGCCUGGAUCGAGCGGUUCCAGGGAAGGUCUGGCCCAGGUCCACGCCACGCGUGAUACCCAGAGUCUGGCCCCCAGUCUGCUGAGACGGUGAAACAAAAGUGACAACUCCCAACCAAAAUGAAGAGUAAGAGCUCCCCAAACCAGUUUUUGUUCUGUGUUUUUGUUUCUCUCCUUUGUCUACCCUGUCCUGGGCUCCACCUGACGUCUGGAUUCGUCCCGGAAAGCCCUGGGAUUUUAUCCUUGGGGCUAACACCUCGACUGACAGGACAGUGACAUCCACAGGUAGGACACGCUUCCUCUGCCACUGCUCCCACGCACAGGGGGGUGUGUGCAUUCAGUUCCCAAGGAGCCAGCUGGGUCCACCCACCAUCCACCACACCCCUCUCUCGCCCGCUCUGAAUAGCUAGCAGUUCAAGAAUGAUUGACUAUAGCGAAAAUAGGUAAUAGCCUAAAUAUUCAUCAGUAGGGAGUAAGUACAUCUGAGCAGCCGACCAUCAUUAGAAAGAGGUCUGUGUUUAUAACGGGGGACAUCUCCAAGACAUACUAUUACCUGACAAAGAACAAGGUGCUCAACGAUACUAUGUAGGACCAUCUCAGCAGCAUUACCUUACUCACAAAAUGACAUGUUUCUGUGUGUGCACACGAGUGUGUGAAUGCAGAGAAAAAGUUUGGGGAGGCUCCACACCUAACACCUCUGCUUCCCUCUGGGGAGGGAAGUGGCAUUGGGAACAUGAGGAGGGGGUAUUUGGGCUUUAUCUGGAUUCUUUGGAUCUUUCAGGAUAAGAAUGUAAUGAGGCAAAAAAAAACCCUACUGGGACCUAAUCACAUUUAAAAGCUUUUGCACAGCAAAGAAAACCAUCAACAAAAUGAAAAGACGACCUACUGAAUGGGAGAAAAUAUUUGUAAAUGAUAUGAUCGGUAAGGGGUUAAUAUCCAAAAUAUAUAAACAGCUCAUACAACUCAACAUCAUAAAGACAAACGAGCCUAUUAAAAAAUGCGCAGAAGAACUGAACAGACAUUUUUCCAAAGAAGACAUACAGAGGGCCAACAGGCACAUGAAAAGAUGCUCAACAUCACUAAUCAUCAGGGAAAUGCAAAUCAAAACCACAAUGAGGUAUCACCUCACACCUGUCAGAAUGGCUAUCAUCAAAAAGACCACAAACAAAUGUUGGCAAGGAUGUGGAGAAAAGGGAAUCCUCCUACACUGUUGGUGGGAAUGUGAAUUGGUACAGCGACUGUGGAAAACAGUAUGGAGGUUCCUCAAAAAACUGAAAAUAGAACUACCAUAUGACCCAGCAAUUCCAUUCCUGGAUAUAUACCUGAAGAAAAUGAAAACAUUAAUUCGAAAAGAUACAUGCACCUCAAUGUUCACAACAGCAUUAUUUAUAAUUGCCAAGAUAUGGAAGCAACCUAAGUGUCCAACAACAGAUGACUGGUAAAGAAGAUGUGAUAUAUAUACACACACACACGUAUAUAGACAGAAUGGAAUACUACUCAGCUACAAAAAAAGAAUGAAAAUUUGCCAUUUUCAGCAACAUAGAUGGACUUGGAGGGCAUAAGUGAAAUGAGUCAGAGGAAGACAAAUACUGUGUGUUAUCACUUAUCUGUGGAAUCUAAACAGUAAAACAAAUUAGUGAAUAUAACAAAAAAGAAACAGACUCACAGAUCUAGAGAACAAACUAGUAGUUACCAGUGGGGAGAAGGAAGUUGGGAGGGGCAAGAUAGGGGCAGGAGAUUAAGAGGUAUAAACUAUUAUGCAUAAAACAAAUAAGCUGCAAGGAUAUAUUGUAUA